AUGGCAUCAUCAGUUUCUAUAGAUCAUGGGCAGAUCCAAGAUACAAUAAUCAGUUAUCGAAUUGGAUACCUAACUGCUUGUCCCAUAAUGGGAAUAAUCUUAGGAGUAUGUUUUAGAAAAACAUAUUCAUUUCAUACAAACCAAGCUACAGCCAGAAAAUCGUUAACAAUCAAUUCCACAACUUCACCAUCAGAGCAUUCAUUAACCAAAACGAUUUCAAGAUCACCUUCUGAUGUUUCUUCAAUGAUUGAUACAGUUACCAUAAGCUCAUUAAAUUCGAAAGAGAUUAAAAAAAUCAAAUUUGAGAUUUGGAGAGUUAGAGCUGUUUGUUCUUUAACUGCUCUGGCAUUUCUUUUUUUAGCUAUUGAUAAUUUAUCAGCUAUCAAAAGUGGUAGACCUUCAAAGAGAACUCCUUGGAUUAUUGAACCUGCUGGUUACCUUAUCCCAGCUAUUUCUGGAUCAGUUCAAUUAAUAGUACAAACUUAUUUUGUUAAAUCUUUAUAUGGUAUAACAAAAUCAAGAUACUUGACAAUACCAAUAUGGACACUUUCAAUAAUAAGUUUUAUUGGAUCGUGUGGUCGUACAAUUACAAUUGCUAUAAGUAAUACAAAUAGUGCAGUAGAUGGAUUUAAACCUUCAAUUCAAACACAAGUUUUAGUUGCAGGUAUAAGUAGAGUAAUGUAUAUCCUUUGGUUAGGUGGUGCAGUUUUAGUUGAUAUUGGAUUAGCUGUUGGAUUAUCAUACAAUUUGAAAAAAUCAAGUUAUGGUGGAUUCAGAUCUACUCAAAGUUUAGUAACCAAAUUAGCAGAUGGAUUUCUGAUGACAUUUUCUUGUUCAGCAUUAAUUGUAGUCUUAACAGCCUUUAUUUUCUUUGUACCUGAUGUUGGUACUUCUUCUGGUAAACCACUUGGGAUUGGUUCAUUUAGUUUCAUGACUUUUUUACAUGUACCUACUUAUUAUCUAAGUUUCAUUUAUACUUUGACUCGUAGAAAAGAAAUUGGAAAAGAAUUACGCACUGAACAAACUUCUUGUAAAUUAGUUACUGUUCCUUAA